AUGUGGGAGUCGAAGCCAUUCUCGAUCUACCCGAACACGAGAUGCAUGGUGAAGGGCAAGAAGAUUCUCUUCAUCGUGGGCGACUACGUCGAGGAUUACGAGGUGAUGGUGCCGUUCCAGGCGCUGAUGGCGUUCGGCUGCAACGUGGACGCCGUGUGUCCCGGCAAGAAGGAGGGCGACGUCUGUCGCACCGCCGUGCACGACUUCGUCGGCGAUCAGACGUACGCGGAGUCGCAGGGGCACAACUUCGUGCUGAACGCCACGUUCGACGAGGCGCGCAGCGACGCGUACGACGCGCUGGUGGUGCCGGGUGGGCGCGCGCCCGAGUACCUGUCGACCGACGGCCGCGUGACGGCGCUGGUGCGCGAGUUCCACGCCGCCCGCAAGCCCAUCGCCUCCAUCUGCCACGGCCAGCUCGUGCUGGCCGCCGCUGACGUGCUCAAGGGCAGCAAGUGCACGGCGUACCCGGCGGUGAAGCCAGUGGUGGAGCUGGCGGGCGGGCAGUGGGUGGACGCCGACCCCAUCUCCGCCUGCCUCUUCGACGACCAGCACAACCUGAUCACGGGCGCGGCAUGGCCGGGCCACCCGGAGUUCCUGUCGCUGCUGCUGCUGGCGCUGGGCGCCAAGGUGCAUGGCAGCGACAAGCGCGUGCUCAUGCUCGCAGGGGACUUCAUGGAGGACUACGAGGCCAUGGUGCCCAUGCAGGCCCUGCAGGCGCUGGGGUACCGCGUGGACGCCGUGUGCCCUGAGAGGCGCGCGGGGGACAUGUGCAAGACGGCCGUGCAUGACUUUGAGGGCGACCAGACGUACACGGAGAAGCCGGGGCACAACUUUGCGUUGACGGCGGACUUUAUCAGCGUGCGCGUGGACGACUACGACGCACUGCUCGUGCCGGGCGGGCGCGCACCCGAGUACCUGGCGCUCAAUGCGCGCGUGCUGGAGGUGGUGCAGCAGUUCCACGCCGCCCGCAAGCCCAUCGCCUCCGUGUGCCACGGCCAGCAGAUCCUGGCCGCUGCUGGCGUGCUCAAGGGCAUGCGGUGCACGGCAUACCCGGCAGUGAAGCCAACAGUGGUGCUGGCGGGCGGCGAGUGGCAGGAGCCGGACCCCAUCUCGCGGUGCUUCCAAGACGGGCACCUCAUCACGGGCGCUGCAUGGCCCGCCCACCCCGAGCUCAUCAGCCUGCUCAUGGCCGCCCUCGGCACCACCGUCACUGCUUGA